AUGAUGAGCUUAUCUGAUCUGUACCAGCCUGGUACAUCAGAAAAAGUACAGGACUUGGACAACGACUUGAAAAAGGAACUCGAUGAACUAAAGGGAACAGUGGAGGAGUUUGAACUCCUGUAUCAGACUCCGGCUAAACCCAUCAGUUCUGUUCACAUUCCAAAGGAUGCAGAGCAUUUCAAAUUGGAAAGAAAGCUUGUGAUAUCAAGACUACUCCAGGUGAGCGAGUCCCAGCCUCUGAAGCUACAGGCAGAUCUGAUGAAGGAAGAGAUGAUGACAUGUGAUUCUCUGGAGUAUACCCCCAAAAGUCUACCCCUCCUUCUUCACCAGUAUUUCCUUGAGAGAAUUCAGCAGCUGAUUCACUGCAAAUACCUGCAUAUGUUGAGAUGGAAACGGUUCUGUGAACACACAAGCACCAUAGAAACGCUGUACCCUCAUUAUACCAAGCGACUCACCCGUAUUGUGGCAGAGUUCAAUGACUGUGUUGCAAGAGCAAAGAGGCUGAGUGGAGCUAGGGAAGCCUUUCUGGCAGGUAACGAUUCGGGAAUGAGCUAUGUGAAGAUCGAAGACCUUCUUAUCUACCUGAGGUGGCUGACUUGUCAUAUGUACUCCAUGAGGACUCCAAAUCAGUUUCUAAAGACACAGUCGCAAAUGCAUGAUUUCAUGAACGCUGACCUAGAAAUGACUUUAAAUUCACGAAUGAUAAGAUAUAAGAUUCAUGGACUCUACGAGACUCUCUAUAUUGGUGAUUGA